GCUGGGCCGGCCGAGCGCGGGGGCGCAGGCGACCGCGAGGGGGCGCUGGGCGGACGGGCCCCGGUUGGGGAGCCGCCGGAGGAGGGGGGGGGGCGGGUAGCGGAGCGAAAGGCGCGCGGGCCCCGCCCCUCCCUCCCCGAGUGGGGAAACUGAGGCCGCGAGACGGAAAGAGGGCCCCAGAGCACUGGUAGAGCGGCACGUGCGCCCUGGGGCUGCAGAAGCACUUGAGCCACGUCCAGCAGCAGUGAGAAAGCGUGAUGACAACGCGCGUAUUAGUUUGCGCGACAGCGGUGGUAAUAAAUCACUAGCACGCCUUGCGUGGCCCCUCGGUACCUUGAUGAGCCCAUGACGCCUUCGCUUCCCUAAAGCUUCGCCGUUGACAAGGGGAAUUGAGGACAGGAGAGCGGGGCAGAUCAUGGGCUGUCCGUGGACGUGAGCGGGUUGUUGGAGGCUGGAAUGCUGCUGUGUCCGGUGCAGCCUGUCACCAGCCAAGGGGUCUGCCACAUUCCACACCGGCCAGAUUUCCAGUCACAAGGCUCUCUCCCUCUGAGCAGGCUGGUUUUCCUGAGGAUGAGGGAGCCUCGCCCCUGGGGGAGAUGCGUGGGGGCAACGCUCACUUCUGCCUUCUUUCUCCUGGGCUGCUGGGGACGCUCCGAUUUCCAGCAGCAAUUUCUCCAAGCUUUGGAGCCAGAGGAAGUGACUUCUUAUUUUGGCCCCGAUGCUACCUUAGAAGUGCUGCAAUUCGACGUGGCCCCGCUCACCUGCAUCUGUGAGGAUGGGCCCGGGGGGCCUCCCUGCAGGGCCCCGAGCUGCUCCCUGCUCGCCCUGGGACAGCUCUUUGCCUUCUCCUUCCUGCCGGAGCGGAGCCUCCUCACCGCCUCCUUCACCAGCGAGCACGUGCUGAACGCCUCCCUCCGGCUUGAGAGGCGGCCUCCCCAUCCCUGCUUCGCGGGAGGCCGCCCCCUGCUGCCCCUGGGCGCGGUGGCCAAGGUCACCUACUGCUCAGGCCACUUGGAGGGCGACAUCCUGGUGGGCGCAGACAGGUUCCGCGUCCAGCCGGUGAGGAGGCGGCAUUGGGAGCUGCUGCCUCCCCGGGUUCGUGCGCAGCCCCACCUGGUCCACAGGCCCGGCCCCGAGGCCCCCCAAGUCAUCCGAGGCCGUCCUCCUUCCCCUCGCCUUCGCCUCCGGAGAUGGGCUGCCGGCAGGGUCCUGCACCUGGAGCUGCUGGUGGCCGUGGGCCCCGACGUCUACCAGGCUCACCAGGAGGACACUGAGCGCUACGUGCUCACCAACCUCAACAUGGGGUCAGAGCUGCUGAGGGACCCUUCCCUGGGGACUGAGUUCCGAGUGCACGUGGUGAAGAUGCUCACCCUGACCCAGCCUCAGGACGCUCCGAAUAUCACAGCCAACAUCACGGCCUCACUGCUGAGCGUCUGUGAGUGGAGCAGGACGGUCAACCCCGAGGACGACACAGAUCCCGGGCACGCCGACCUGGUCCUCUACAUCACCAGGUUUGACCUGGAGUUGCCUGACGGUAACCGGCAGGUUCGGGGGGUCACCCAGCUGGGGGGUGUCUGCUCGUCCUCCUGGAGCUGCCUCAUCACUGAGGAUACCGGCUUUGACCUGGGGGUCACCAUCGCCCACGAGAUUGGGCACAGCUUGGGCUUGGAACACGACGGCGCGCCCGGGAGCGGCUGUGGGCCCAGCGGCCACGUGAUGGCGUCCCAGGACGCGGUGACCGCCAGGGGUGACCUCUCGUGGUCCGCCUGCAGCCGCCAGCAACUGCUGCACCUGCUCAGCGCAGGACGGGCGCGCUGCCUGUGGGACCCGCCGGGGCCGCAGGCCGGGGCCGCGGGGAGCCCUCCCCGGGCGCAGCCCGGCCUCCACUACGGCGCGGACGAGCAGUGCCGCGUCGCCUUCGGCCCUGCAGCGGUGGCCUGCACCUUCACCAGGGGGCACCUGGACGUGUGCCAGGCUCUCUCCUGCCACAAGGACCCCCUGGACCAAAGCGUCUGUAGCCGCCUCUUGACUCCCCUCCUGGAUGGGACAGAGUGUGGCGAGCAGAAGUGGUGCUCCAAAGGUCACUGCCGCUCCCUGGCGGAGCUGACCCCCGUGGGAGUGGUGCACGGGCACUGGUCUAGCUGGGGUCCCCCCAGUCCCUGCUCCCGCUCCUGCGGGGGAGGGGUGGUCACCAGGAGGCGACAGUGCAGCAACCCCAGGCCGGCCUUUGGAGGGCGUGCGUGUGUGGGCGAUGACCUCCAGGCGGAGAUGUGCAACACGCAGGCCUGUGAGAAGACCCAGCUGGACUUCAUGUCUGAGCAGUGCUCCCGGACGGACAGGAAACCGCUGCACCUGUCCCCAGGCCACGCCUCCUUCUACCGCUGGGGCUCCGCUGAGCAGUACAGUCAAGGGGACGCUCUGUGCAGACACAUGUGCCGAGCCGUCGGCGAGACCUUCAUUGUGAGGCGUGGGGACGGUUUCCUGGAUGGGACCCGGUGUGUGCCAAGUGGUCGGCGGGAGGACGGGACCCUGAGCCUGUGCGUGUCGGGCAGCUGCAGGACAUUCGGCUGUGACGGCAGGAUGGACUCCCAGCAGGUGCGAGACGCGUGCCAGGUGUGUGGAGGGGACAACAGCACGUGCAGCCCCCGCAACGGCUCUUUCACGGCCGGAAGGGCCAGAGAGUAUGUCACGUUCCUGACGGUUACCCGCAACCUGACCAGCAUAUACGUCGCCAACCGGAGACCUCUCUUCACACACUUGGCGGUGCGGAUCGGAGGGCGCUACGUCGUGGCCGGGAGCUCUAGCAUCUCUCCCAGCACCACCUACCCCUCCCUCCUGGAGGACAGCCGUGUCGAGUACAGAGUGACCCUCACCGAGGACCGGCUGCCUCACCUGGAGGAGAUCCGCAUCUGGGGACCCACUCGGGAAGACGUGGAGAUCCAGGUUUACAGGCGCUAUGGGGAGGAGUAUGGUGACCUUGCGCGCCCAGACAUCACCUUCACCUACUUCCAGCCGAAGCAGCCACAGGCCUGGGCGUGGGCCGCCGUGCGGGGGUCCUGCUCCGUGAGCUGUGGGGCAGGGCUGCGCUGGGUGACCUACAGCUGUCUGGACCGGGCCGGGAACGAGUGGGCGGAGGCUGCCCGGUGCGAAGGGAGCCAGCGGCCGGCAGCGUGGCCGGAGUCCUGCGCCCCCGGGCCCUGCCCCCCAGAGCGCCAGGAGUCGGACGCGUGCUCAUCAGCCUGUGAGGCCCACCUGGCUUCGCACAACGGGACGUGUGUGCACGGGGCAGGUGGCCCGGACGUGCUGGCCACAGCCGGGCCCUGCUCCACGGACGAGAAGCUGCCCGCCCUCGAGCCGUGUGUGGCCACGGCAUGUCCUCCGGCACAGGGCCACACAGACCCCCGGUCUCUAGAGGAGGAGGCCACAUCCCCACCGGGCCCUGCCAGGCCGGGGGCCCGUGCCGCACACGUGUGGACCCCCCUGGCGGGGCCGUGCUCUGUCUCCUGCAGUCGAGGCCUGAAGGAGCUGCAUUUCGUGUGCGUGGACUCUGUCCUGGGGACCCCUGUCCAGGAAGAGCUAUGUGACCUGGGAAGCAAGCCUGGGAGCCGGCGGGAGGUCUGCCAGGCUGCCCCGUGCCCGGUUUGGUGGGAGACCCGAGCCCUGGCGCCGUGCCCAGUGACCUGCGGAGGGGGGCAGGUGCCACUGGCUGUCCGCUGCGUGAGGCUGGACCGCGGCCGCCCCAUCCCCCUGCCUCACUCCAAGUGCUGGCCGCUGCCCAGGCCCCGCCCCAUCCGGGACUGCAGUCCGGAGCCCUGCCCUGCCAGGUGGCAGUACAAGCUGGCAGCCUGCAGCGUGAGCUGUGGAGGAGGGGUCGCACAGAGGAUCCUGUAUUGCGCACGGGCCCACGGGGGGCCCGAGGGCGAGGAGAUCCUGCCAGAUAGCCAGUGCCUGGGGCUGCCUCGCCCGGAGCAGCAGGAGCCGUGCGGCCCGGAGCCCUGCCCACCCAGGUGGAAAAUCGUGUCCCUUGGCCCAUGCUCAGCCAGCUGUGGCCUUGGCACCGCCACGCGCUCCGUGGCCUGUGUGCAGUUCGAUCGAGGCCAGGACGUCGAGGUGGACGGGGCGGCCUGUGUAGCUUUGGUACGGCCACAGGCCAGCAUCCCCUGCAUCACCGCCGACUGCGCCUACCGGUGGCGUGUCAGCACCUGGACACAGUGCUCUGUCUCCUGCGGAGAUGGCAUCCAGCACCGGCACGACGCCUGCCUUGGACCCGGGUCCCAGGCACCGGUGCCAGCCCACUUCUGCCAGCACUUGCCCAAGCCAGCCACGGUGCGGGGCUGCUGGGCUGGGCCCUGCGCUGGGCAGGGGACCCCCAGCCCGGCGCCCCCCAAGGAAGCCACUGCUGGCACUUCUCCGGAGCGGCCCCGGCCCCAGGCCCACCUCCUCUCCCCAGUUCCCCGGCUUCAGGGGCUUCUGCCUGGGCCCCAGGAAAGCCCGGCUGAGUCCAGCGUCUGUGGCCGGCAGCACCUUGAGCCGGCAGGAACCAUUGACAUGCGAGGCCCAGGGCAGGCUGACUGUGUAGUGGCCAUCGGGCGGCCCCUGGGUGAGGUGGUGACCGUUCAAGUCCUCGAGAGUUCCCUCAACUGCAGCACUGGGGACAUGUUGCUGCUUUGGGGCAGGCUCACGUGGAGGAAGAUGUGCGGGAAACUGUCGGACGUGACUUUCAGCUCCAAAGCCAACACGCUCCUGGUGAGGCAGCGCCGUGAGCGGCCGGAAGGCGGAGUUGUGCUGCGGUACCGGAGCCAGCCUGCCCCAGGAGCCUCCCACAGAGAGUGUGAUAUGCAGCUCUUUGGACCCUGGGGUAAAAUUGUGAGCCCCUCGAUGAGUCCACGUGGGAGGAACCUGGGGGGCUGCCGCAUCUUCAUCAAUGUGGCUCCACGGGCCCGCAUUGCCAUCCAUGCCCUGGCCACCAGCGUGGGCACGGGCACUGAUGCCAGCCACAUCUUGAUCCGGGACAACCACAGCCUGAAGACGAUGACAUUCCGUGGGCAGCAGGCACUCUACUGGGAGUCCGAGGGAAGCCAGGCUGAGAUGGAGUUUAGCCAGGGCUUCAUGGAGGCGGGCGCUAGCCUGUGGGGCCUGUACUGGACCCUCGGAUCUCGAGUGCAGGAACCUGGCUGGGCCGUACCCUAGCUUCCUCUCCAAGCACAAACCUCCAGUGCCCUGCGUGCACAGUAGGAUGCCUCCUCCAGGUUCUGGAAAGGAAAGAAACGAACUUGACAUUUAUGAGCACCCGUUAGGUGCCUGGCAAGCCCCAGAGGGUUGACUCCGGUCUCUGAGUGCUUUCCAAUUUGAAUUCCGUCCAAUCUUGAGUAUCUCCUUUAGGGCCUCCUCCAACAUGCAAAAGGCUAGGCGGCGGGAGGCAAGGUCGGGACUCUGUCUGGAAAGGCAGUCACCAGUCCCUCUGUACCAAUAAACGGAAUGUGCAGUC